AAGUGAAUUGAAUACACGUAUAGCCUUGCUUUUUUAUUUAUUAUCAAUUAAGAAUGAUUUAAUUUAUUAUUUUUGUCACACAAACAAACGUGAAGUUAUAGAAUAAAUUGACAGCUUGAAAGUACGACAAUGUCGUGUAGUUUUCUAUAAACCAAUUGAAAGUUUAUUGUGACUGUUUUCUUUCUGUUUCGCAAAGGAAAAAUGUCAAGUCAUAAGUAUUUGUCAGAUACAAAUAAUUUAUUUGAGGAUGUCGACGAUGAGGCGUUUCUUAAAAAUUCGCGUGUCCCCUCUGCGAGCAAUGGCUACCACAGGGUAAAUGGAUCAUAUCAGCAAUACAACUCCAAUUUGAAUUAUAAUUCAGAAUGUGGUGUACAAAACGAUAGACAAAAGCUCAUUGAUCAAAAGAAAGCUAUUGAAGAAAGAACUAUUGCGAGCUCUAGUCGUAGUAUAGCUUUGUUAAGGGACUCUGAACAAAUUGGAAUUGCUACUGCAGAAGAGUUAAUAAGGCAAAGAGAACAACUCGAAAACUCUAGCAAACGUCUAGAUGAAAUUAAUACUACAUUGAGAUUUAGUCAAAAGCAUAUAAAUGGUAUUAAAUCAGUUUUUGGAAGUUUAAAAAACUAUCUGUCCGGACAGAAGGAUGAAAGAGGGGCUACUGCAAAUGCUAGCAUGAAGAGUAGUUUAUCUGACAUAACUUCUGAAACUAAAAAAUUAAAUUUGGAUGUACACUCUUCACCAAACUUGCACAAUACUCAAAGCAUACCUGCUGAAACAAGGAUUCAGCAAAGUGGCAGCAAACAUAUGAAUGCUAUCUUAGAAGCAAACUUAGAAGAAAUGUCUGGCAACAUUAAUCGUUUGAAAGGUUUAGCAAGAGGGCUUGGCGAUGAAAUAGAUUACCAAAAUGAUCUUCUGGACCAAAUUUCUUCUAAAACAGAACAUGCCGAUCUUGCAUUGGGAAAACAAAAUAAGGAUAUUACUAAGUUAUUGAAGUAAAUGAUUUUAUAAAUUGUUUCAAUUUGGCUGGUUUAUGCUGUGAAAUCAUUAUUGUAAAAUAAAUAAAACAUAAUUAUAAGCUACAUAUUAUAAAUGAACACUUUA